CUCUCUCUCUCUCUCCCCCCCUGUGUCUGACGGCCAAGGCCUGUGUGUGUGUGUGUAGUGCCUGGAUGAUCAGCUUCCACAGAGAGGGAACCGGAGCUUGCACAGCUGAAUCUGUGUGGGAAUAGCUGAGCAUCAGUACCAGUGCAGUGUAACAAGCCCCUGCACAACUCAUCAGGAGAACCCGAUCAAGCUGCAGCAGAGAUGGAGACAGUGGUUAGUGGAGAGCACAGUCUGUGUGUCGACCAAGAUAGGGACAAUAAACCAGCACCGGGCCUCCCCGAGGUGAACGAGAAUGGAGUUGGGGUAACCGCAGCAACACAGUUUGGGGCAGCAAACCAAGCGACUAAAGAUUCUUCUCCUGUGUCAGAUGAGCCUGUUUCAGAUGCUUCUGAUGUAAAGAGUACACCAUCUUCAGAAGCAGCACCCUUGGACCUGUCUUCACAAGAGGUCACAGCAGAAGAAGAGGAGCAAACUGUGGCCUUUGUUGGAGUUCAGCUGAGUUACAGGCAACAGAGUGCUGUUGAGAGGAUGGGAACUGAGAUAGGCCCGAGUGAGCAAACCAGCCUAAUUCUUCAGGAACCGCUUGUACCUGUGAGCUCGAUAUGGCCUGAGGAGGCAGUGACCAUUACCCCGUCAGUCACAGAACAGGCAUCUCUCACUUUGGACAAUUCACAAAUACCUGACGUUAUUCAGGAUACGUCCGGGCUGGGAGCAGUAAGCUUUGGAUUAGAAGAGAGACAAAUUUGUGAGCAAACAAGCCCUCGAGAUACUGUUCUAGCAACUUCAGAACAACCCAGAGAGCAGGAGCUGGCUGAGAGUAUGGAGGAGGAUAUGGGGGAACUCCUUCCUGAGGCUAUCGGAGCUCUAAGCCUGGUGACUGCAGACGGUGCAAGAGAAUCAACUGACAUGACCUUGACAGAUGGAAGAGUUCCUCAGGCUGAGUUUAAGAUUGAAGCUGCCUCAGACCCAAAGUUAAUGGAAGGCAGUGUGUGUGUGGAGGGCCUGGGAGAUGCAGAAUUCAGAGAGCAGGGGGAGGAUAUUCAGCUUACAGGGGAUCAUGAUACAGCAACGUAUCAAGUGGAAGAGGUUGAAGAUCGUCAGUCACAUCUGGCCAUUCAGGAAGCAGACCUGGGACUUGUCCAAACACCAACCCUGGAAUCUCAGAGGAGUAAGUGCGAAGAAGAUCUGCCUGUGUCAGCAGAGAAAGCUCAAUUGCCUGUGUCAGGAGAAGAAGGAAACAAAUCUCAGGCACCCGAGAACAGGACCAAGAGCUGCACACCUACAUCUGCCAAAGUCUCAAAACCUAGGCCUCAGGCCUCUGUUACUCCUAAGAGGCCUACUACAGCUGCCCGUAGCAACAAAUCUUCCAGUCUUAUCUCCACCCCCAAAAGGCCUCAAUCGACUACAAGCCAAGAUGGUGCAGGAGUUAAGGAGCAUAGAGCAAUGAAGGUAACAGAGACUAGGAAGACUCCAGGAUCACAAGCACCAUCCGGUCUCAGAAUGCCAGGAAGUGUCGGUGCAAAGACUCCUCCAAAACCGACAGCCGCUGCGAAGGGAACACCUCACUCUCCUGAUAUCAAAAGGACAACAACAAAGGUGGAGCAGAAGAAAUCAGGAAAAGGUGAUUCGGCAGCCAAAGCCGGUGGUAGUGGUAGUGGGUGCAGCAGUCCAGGUACUCCUGGGACUCCCAGCAGUCGCUCCCGGACACCUUCCCAGCCCUCUACCGGAGCAGCAAAAGAAGUGAAGAAAGUGGCGAUUGUUCGUACGCCUCCUAAAUCACCAGCAGCUUCCAAAGUACGGGCAGCCCCUGUUGCUGUGCCCAUGCCCGAUCUGAAGAAUGUUAAAUCCAAAAUUGGAUCAACAGACAACAUUAAGCACUCACCCGGUGGUGGCAAGGUACAAAUUAUACACAAGAAGGAAGAUUACAGCAGUGUGCAGUCUAAGUGUGGGUCCAAGGAAAAGAUCAAACAUGUUCCAGGAGGAGGCAAUGUGCAAAUUUUGAACAAGAAGAUCGAUCUGAGUCACGUUUCAUCGAAAUGUGGUUCUAAGGACAACAUCCAUCACAGGCCAGGUGGUGGAAAUGUAGAGAUCAAAUCGCAGAAAGUUGACUUUAAGGACAAAGCUCAAUCCAAAAUUGGUUCAAUGGACAACAUCAGCCACACCCCAGGCGGGGGAACGAAAAAGAUUGAAUCUCACAAGCUGACUUUCCGUGAAACAGCCAAAUCUCGCACAGAUCACGGUGCAGAAAUCGUCUACAAGUCCCCCACCGUCUCCAACGAGGGCUCCCCACGCCGUCUCAGUAAUGUCUCCUCCACCAGCAGCAUCAACAUGGUGGAGUCGCCACAGCUUGCUACUCUCGCUGACCAGGUCUCAGCCUCUCUGGCUAAACAGGGUUUGUGACUGUUACUUGAAAGGCUCCCCUUCCUCCACAGCAGUUUGCAGGUGUCUAACAUGAACUGGUGUUGGACCAUCCUGAGCCCUCUCUAUCUUGCUCCUUCCACUGUCCUCUGAAACAUUCAGUCCAGCUGUGUCAAAAUUAUCUGGCCAUUUACAGACAGUGGUGCUUUGUUGUAUUUUGUAUGCCCUUGCACGCACAGUGUGUUAAACUCCUGAUCUGCGAUCCUUUAGGCUUUGUGAGAAGACUAGCACUCGAGAUGUGGUUUGUCCCUUUAUUUAAAGUUUUGGGGGUCCAAGCAAUCACUAGAAGCAAGUGGACAAGUGCAAAAAUAAAUUUAAUAUAUGAAUAGAAUUUUGUUUCUUCUUUCAAGUGGCUGAAGUUCAGAGGGGUGGAGGUUGUUCUGCAAUUGCGUGAAGUAUUGGUUAAACCAUAAGUAACCCCUCAGUUCUGAACACUGUAUCACAGGAAGGAGAUAGUGUCCCCUGAGAGAGUGCAUUGGCUCCUCCACCAAAUUGCUAUCGAGGUUAAAAUGGCUGUGUAAAGUGAGAUUCUGUUACCUGGAUGAGGAUUCUAUUCCCUUGAAUGUAGAAGCUAAAGUGGUGUUUAACUGAUGUUUAAGUUGACUGUAGGAGUUGAGAGAGAAAGUAUUUGUUCUGGUGGGAACUGGGGAAUGAAGGGGCUGAAGCUCAAAGUGGUCAGGAAUGGAAACAGGGAACUCUCUUCCACCAAAAGCUUUUAAAAUUGGUGUCAACAGAUAAUUUCAAAUUCUGAGAUUGUUAGACAUGGUUUUAUCAAGGCAGAGUGUCAAGGGUGAUGUAACCAAGAUGGGUAAAUGAAGUUAGGGUAUAGCCCAGCAUUGAGCAGCUUGGAUGGUGGAGUCACUGGAAGGCUGCCUGUCUCUUGGUAUUCCCUGUUGUGUUCUUUCUGGUAGUGAUUGCAUUCAGCCUUAUCCGAUGGGGGACACAAUGCUGGACAGUUUCCCCCCCUGGGUUGUGAGCAUUGUGGACAAGAGCCCAACUCCCUUCCAAAUGGCUGAGUGGAGCAUACUUUGGGAUGUGACCCAAAGUCUGACUUCUCAAGGUCAAUAACCCGGAGAGGUUUGCUCAAAGUGAGUUGUUUUUUUCUGAAUGGCAUUUAGUAUUUUCCAUUUUCUGUAUUUUGUGUGGGGAAGAGCUUCCUGAAAUCACCCCUGGACAGCAUGACUCGAAUUUAAUAUUCUGCCCAUUGUUCCUACCAGAGAAAUCAGUUUGUUGUCCUGCCUGUCAAGUCUUUAGAUUAUAUUAAAUGUUUUGUUAAGUGGCCUUCAAUUUUCUCUGGUCAAAGGACUACAAGCCUGGUGAAUGCAGCCUGUCCUCAUAUGUUUUCCACAUUCAGCCCAGGCCUAAUUCUGGCAACACUGAUCAAUUAAGGAGCAUGUGGGGAAUGACAGACUGUUCACUGGAGAACCUCAUAUCUUUUACUGAUCAAAUUCAGUGCAGUGCUACAGAGACACAGCAGCCAGACAGGCCCAGACACCCCCUCCGCACAUUGUCCAGACAGGCCCAGACACCCCCUCCGCACAUUGUCCAGACAGGCCCAUACACCCCCACCCCCACCCAGUCCAGACAGGCCCAGACACCCCCCACCCACCCUGUCCAGACAGAUCCAGACACCCUCUCCUCCACCCUGUCCAGACAGGAUCAGAUACCCACACCCCACCCUGUCCAGGCAGCCCCAGACACCCCCACCUCAACCCUGUCCAGACAGGCCUAGACACUCCCACCCCCAUCCUGUCCAGACAGGUACAGAUACCCCCACCCACACCCUGCACAGACAGACUCAGAUACACUCCACUCCACCCUGUCCAGACAGGCUCAGACAUCCCCACCCCAACUCUUUCCAGACAGACUCAGAUAGCCCCUCUACCCAACCUAUCCAGACAGGCCCAGGACACACCCACCCUGUCCAGACUGGCUCAGACACCCCUUCCCCCACCCUGUUCAGACAGGCCCAGACACCCUGUUCCCCACCCUAUCCAGAUAGGCCCAGAUACUCCCACCCCCACUCUGUCCACACCCCCACCCUGUCCAGACAGGCCCAGACAGGUCUGAGAUAACCCCCACCCACACCCUGUCCAGACAGGCCCAGAUAACACCCUCCCCACCCUGUCCAGAUAGGCUCAGAUACCCCCACCCACACCCUGCACAGACAGGCCUAGGACACCCCCACCCUGUCCAGACAGGCUCAGAUACCCCCUUCCCCACCCUGUCUAGGCAGGCACAGAUAUCCCUCCCCCCCCACCCUGUCCAGACAGGCACAGAUACCCCCACCCAUCCUGUCCAGACAGGUACAGAUACCCCUUCUUCCCACCCUAUCCAGACAGGCUCAGAUACCCCCUCUACCAACAUAUCCAGACAGGCCCAGGACACACCCACCCUGACCAGACAGGCUCAGAUACCACCUCCCCCACCCUCUCCAGACUGGCCCAGACAGGUCUGAGAUAACCCCUUCCCCCACCCUGUCCAGACAGGUUCAGACACCCCCACCCACACCCUGUCCAGACAGGCCUAGGACACCUCCACACUGUCCAGACAGGCCCCGACACCCCACCCCCACCCUGUCCACUUAGGCCCAGACACUCCCACGCCAACCCUGUCCUGACAGGCACAGAUACCCCCUUCCCCCCACCCUGUCCAGACAGGCUCAGAUAACCCCACCCCCACUCUGUCCAGACAGGCUCAUAUAACCCCCCCCCCCACCCUGUCCAGACAGGCUCAGAUAUCCCCUCCCCCCACCCUGUCCAGACAGGCUCAGAUACCCCCACCCUAUCCAGACAGGCUCAGAUAACCCGUCCCAGACAGGCUCAGACUCCCACUCCCCCUUCUCUCCAGAACAGCUCAACACCCCCUCCCGGACUCUCCAGACCGGGCCAGACACCCCUUCCCGCGACUCUCCAGACCAGCCCAGGAACCUUUUCUCCCAACAGUUUAUCUGGCACCCACUGAGCACUGACCUGUUCACUAUGAUUGAUGUUAUCUGGUGUGUGCUUCUCAGCCUGUGUUUCAGACACAGUCUGAAUCGAUACUGCUUGAGUUGAGGCUGUGUUACAAUCCAUGAGGUUGGUGCUGGAACGUAAUGCACUUCGUAUCUCAUUGAAUUUCACUGGUCAAAGGGUCAACGGUCAAACAAGUGUGGGUCUGAACACAGGGUGUCAAAAGCAUUCUCCCCGUGUCUACAUGGGUUUCCUCUGGGUGCUCCGGUUUCCUCCCGCAGUCCAAAGAUGUGCAGGUCAGGUGAAUUGUCCAUGGUAAAUUGCCCGUAGUGUUAGGUGUAGGGGUAUGGGUAGGUUGCACUUCAGCGGGUUGGUGUGGACUUGUUGGGCCGAAGGACCUGUUUCCACACUGUAAGUAAUCCAAUCUAAUCUAAUUAAUUAACUCCUCAUUUACUUAAAAUUAAAUGCCCUCACCACAAUUUGGGUCAGGGAAGGGAGUGAGCACAACAUUGCUCUCCACAAAACAAUUAGAGCAUCACAGAUAGCCUGGUCGAGAUUCAUCUCAACCUGAGGCUUCUCAGAGUGAAAAGAUACAAAAUAUCACGGAGUGAUUUAAUUUAAACUUUGCAAAAUCCUCAUUGACAUCUCCUUAAUCCUGGCUAAAUUAACCCGUUCAACCCAAGAUGGGUGCGACCACCAGAACUCAUUGAUUAAACUCUUGGCUAGGGCCAUUUCAGAGGCCAGUCAAGAGUAAAUAAUAUUGCUAUGGGUCUGGAGUCACAUGUAGGUCAGACCAGGUAAGGACAGGCAGAUUCCCCUCCCUAAAGGAUAUGAAUGAACCACUUAAGGUUUUUUGACAAUCAAUGAUGGUUUCAUGGUUGCCAUCACUGAGACUAGCUCUGUAUUCCACCUUUUAUUCAUUAUUAAAUUGAAAUUUCACCCACUGCCAUCAUGAGAUUUGAAUCCAUUCCCCAUAGCGAUUUGUUAUCACUACAUCACUGCCUACUCAACAUUGAUGUCAGAAUAUCGAAAGGUUCAGUGAAAGUUAUGGGCUGUUUGAAUUUCUCGUAGUGAUUUCAUUACAAUACCUAAACUCCUUGAUUAGAUUCCAGUCUGUACCCCACCCAAAAAUCUUAUUAAUAUUCUAGUGUGUAACUCAUAUCAGGGUAUCAGUUAUUCUACAUAACCCACCUACCACCACCCUGUGCCCUCAAUAUGACUCAUAUUGUGCACAUACUAGUCUUUCAUUUACUGUGUUACAGAAGAUUUUUUUGUAACUGCAUGAUAUUCUCUCAGCAAAUCCUUUAUGGUAAGGGUAUACCCUGAGCAGGUUCAAGUUGUACUAUCUAUUUCAGGAGGGCAGUUUAAGAAUGUGCUUUUUAGCUGUUGUAACCUUAGUUCAGAUUAAACAUCGCUUUAACCUGGCUGUGAACUUCACUCUCCAGUGACCUCUCUACAGUGACCCUCACUCUCCAAAGACCACUUUCUCUCCAGUGACUCCUCUCUCUGCAGUGACCUCUUUCUCUCCAGUGACUCCUCUCUCUCCAGUGACUCCUCUCUCUCCAGUGACUCCUCUCUCUCCAGUGACUCCUCUCUCUGCAGUGACCUCUCUCUCUCCAGUGACUCCUCUCUCUCCAGUGACUCCUCUCUUUGCAGUGACCUCUCUCUCUACAGUGACUCCUCUCUCUGCAAUGACUGCGCUCUCUACAGUGACUUCUCACUCCCCAGUUAUCUUUCUCACCAAUAAAUUCCCUGUCAAGAGAUCACACUCUCCAGGGUUAUCUCUCUCCAGUGACCUCACUCCGUAGUGAUUUUUCUGUCAAGCGAGUUCUCUCUUCAGUGAUUAUUUGCUGAGACACAAAGUUUAAGAGCAGGAAGGUGAUGCUGGAACUGUAUACAACAUUGGUCAAGCCACAGCUGGAAUAUAAUGUUCCGUUCUGGAAUCUAUGAUAGCACUGCAGUGUGGGGCAGAGGAGCUGCCUGGGCUGGAGAGUUUCAGUGAAGAGAGAUUAUAUAGACUGGGGUUAUUUUCCAUAGAGUAGAGGAGAUUGUGAGGAGACAUGAUUGAGUUGGAUAAUAUUAUGAGAGAGAGAGCCAGUGUAGAAGGGACGGAGGGAUCAUUGACCAGGGGUAAGGGGCAGGAGGUUUCGAGGGGACAUGAAGAAACCUUCUUUUAAUCGAGUGGGUGGUGAGAAGCUGGAACUCACGGCCUGUAAGGGUGGCAGAAGCAGAAGCCCUCAUAACGUUGAAGCAGUAUUUACAUAUGCAUUUGCAAUUAAUUCCAGGGCAUACUUGGCCAUGGGCCAAGUACUGGCAAUGAGAUUAAAGUAGUUAGGUGAUUGUUGGUGACCAGCACAGACUGAAUAGGCUGAAGGGCCUUUUCCUGUGCAGUCAACCAUGAUAACUAAGGCCUUUUUCUCCAAUGAUCCCCCUCUCCAGUGAUCCCCUCUCCAAUAAUCUCUCUCUCCAGUGAUCCCCUCUCCAAUAAUCUCUCUCUCCAAUGAUCUCUCUCGCUCCAAUGAUCCCCCUCUCCAAUGAUCCCCUCUCCAGUGAUCCCCUCUCCAAUGAUCUCUCUCUCUCCAAUGAUCCCCCUCUCCAAUGAUCCCCCUCUCCAAUGAUCCCCCUCUCCAAUGAUCCCCUCUCCAGUGAUCCCUCUCUCCAAUGAUCUCUCUCCAAUGAUCCCCUUUCCAAUGAUCUCCAUCUCCAGUGAUCACCCUCUCCAAUGAUCUCUCUGUCCAGUGAUCCCCCUCUCCAGUGAUCCCCCUCUCCAAUGAUCUCUCUCUCCAGUGAUCUCUCUCUCCAGUGAUCCCUCUCUCCAGUGAGUUCUCUCUCUAGUGAGCUGUUCCUCUCUAGUCAACUCACCCUCUCCAAUGCUUUCUCUCUCAUGCCUUGCUCUCUUUCUCUCUCUCUCUCUCUCACUUUCUCUCUCACUCUUUUCUGUGCACUCUCUAUCUCUAGUGAUCUUUCUCUUGUGAUCUCUCUCUCCAAUGAUCUCAUUCCCAUUGAUGACAAUAUAAUCUAUUUUCAGGAUGUUUUUGAUAACUGUGAAUGAGGACUUCGAUGAUCAAUGCUCUUGAGCGCAGACUAACUGGUGGUCGGUGCCCUUUGCAGUGUGUUGGAUUACUGCUGACAGUGAGUGGCCAGGAGAGAGCAGAUUGAGUUUUUACAGUAGCACAAAUGGACCUCUGUCUGAACAGCUCCUGGUACCUCAGUCACUGAUCCCAGGAAAGGGCUUUGAGAGGACCUCUCAUUAACUGAGGAUGAAGUCUGAGGAAGUGACCAAUUAGAACAGAACAGACUGUGGAGCCAUUAGACAGACAAGAGAUGUGGCCUAGAUGGUAAUGGGUUGAUCAAUAGAUUGACAGCACAGCCAGACAGUCAGACCAACUGAUCCCAAGUGCACAUCAGUCAGCUUCCAUUGUCAUGACCACUUCACACUAUUUCUCUCUCCCCUCCAUUCCCUUCUCCCGAAGGUAUAUAUCAAGCCUACCCUUCAGUGAGUUCAUGUUAAUUAAUUCAACUACUGCAUGUAAAGCCAGCUGCACCCUCUACCCGUUCCUCAUUGCUGGUGUCAGGCAAUGGGCUAUGAUGCUGACCCACUGUAACUGUGUUUCAGGGUCUUGGUUGCCACUGCUGGAAGCUAUUACUGUGCUCAUGUUCAAUAAAAUGACUGUAUUUGAUUGUCUUAAUAUUUGUGAAAAAGCUUUUUCCAUGUAGUUUCCAAAUUCGGAAAUGUGGUGAAUAUAUUGUAAUUAGCUGGUAGUGAAUGAGCAGAAAUAGCCGUGCAAUGAGGCAGACUGAGAAUUGUAGAAACCUGCACACAGCAGGGACUUUGCUGGACCCCUUGCUUUAGAAAGAUCAACCCUUGCUCAUGGUCAGUAGUCAACUGCAUUCAUACCACCUCCAAUCAAACAAUUAAAUAAACUUCUUUAAAUCUGAAAUUGCUAAUCUCCUGGAGCCAUUGACAGGAGCUCGUGAUUGGCUGGAGUUAGCUGAACACUUUGUGAUUGAGACCCUCCCAUCAAGUGAGAUUAGGAGCAGAAAGAUGCUGUUUCUGGAAUCUGAAUGAAGCCGGGAUCACUGAGCAGAUACUCAUUGUCGUCACUCCUGGUUUGGCCAUUCAGCAGAGUUGUGAUAGAAACACUAAAUGGAGUUUCCUCUUCAUUCUGAUGAAAUUACACCAAUAAGGCAAGAGUAGCUGUGAGGAAUUUCUGGCCAAUCUUGUCUCCAAUUUGAUCACUAAUUCUAUGACUUGCAGAAUUACACCAAUUUACGUAUUUUGAGUCAAUUGCUGCAACUGACGAAUGAAUUGAUUCAUUUUAAGCAAGCAGUGAUUAGUCAGUAAGCCAUGAACUGCUCUUGUCUUGGUGUCUGGGAGGUAUCUGCUUCAGUGAAGGAGCUCCUUGUUCAGCUUUGAACUACCCUGUUAACACCAGCCUGGCUCUACCUGCUGCAAGAAACAUGGGACAGGAUGAUUGAGCAGGACAGAUCAUUUUGUACCAAGGAUCUCCAGAACCUAGUGAGAGUCAGACUGAGAGCAGGAUAAAGGCGUCCAAAGUGACUUCCUGUGCUCGCUGUUAACAUGGAGUCUUGUAGCAAUUUUCAGGCUCUACGUUGCUAUAAAAGGGCUGAGGACAUGGGAGUAGCAGGGUUUGGAAGAGGUCAUUAAACCAUCUAAACUGAUCUCUUUGAACAGACCUUCUUUCUCAUCCUACUGUAGAUUUUUUUCUGGGCUCAGGCAGGUUAAUGCCGAUGAAGGUAUGUUUAGUGGCAACUGCACGUUGUUUCUUAAAGCUUGCUCUUUAAGGUGUGAGACACGGUAUUUUAAUCCCGAUGGUAACAUCUUUGCUAAUGUUCAGUGGCUUUGCUUCGUGUCUGUGAUAUUCAUUGCUGUAACUGUUUUAAUCACUGGUUUACAUUGAUAAUCGUUGCUGUAAAAGUAAAAGUUUGGAAAUAAAGUCUGUGUAACAAUU